GCGUAAGCUCUUUCCCCUUGAUUAUUGAUAUUAGCUUCCUAAGCCUUCUCUAGGAUAUUUUACGGUUCUGACCAGCAAAUAUCGCGGCUUACUCCGUUAUUCGAAGAAAUAACUUUGACUGAAUAUAAAAUGUCUGAGGGAAAGGGAAAACUAGUUGAGAACGCUGCUAUCGUACCACCCAAUCCAGACCCAAGUCACGAUCCCGCAACAGCAAUACUUCGAAAAAAACAAGCACCAAAUAAACUAAUUGUUGACGACGCCACGAACGAUGAUAACUCUGUAAUGUCCCUCUCUACAAACACCAUGGAAAAAUUACAACUUUUCCGUGGUGAUACCGUUUUGAUCAAAGGAAAAAAGAGACGUGAUACUGUCUUAAUUGUUUUGGCUGAUGAUACAUGUGAAGAUUCAAAAGUAAAGAUCAAUAAAGUUGUAAGAAAUAAUCUUCGUGUGCGUCUCGGUGACGUAGUUUCAAUUCAUCCCUGUACAGAAAUAAAAUACGGAAAACGUAUUCAUGUAUUGCCGAUAGAUGAUACAAUUGAAGGUGUAACCGGUAAUUUAUUUGAUGUAUACUUAAAACCAUACUUCUUAGAAGCAUAUCGACCUGUAAGAAAGGGAGAUUUGUUUUUGGUUAGAGGUGGUAUGAGAGCCGUAGAAUUCAAAGUUGUAGAAACAGAUCCACCAGAUUAUUGUAUUGUUGCACAAGAUACAGUUAUACAUUGUGAAGGUGAUCCAAUCAGACGCGAAGAUGAAGAGGCUAAUCUUAACGAUGUUGGUUACGAUGAUAUUGGAGGAUGUCGAAAACAAAUGGCUCAAAUUCGUGAACUUGUAGAACUUCCCCUUCGACAUCCACAGCUAUUUAAAUCAAUUGGUAUUAAGCCACCACGUGGUAUUCUUAUGUAUGGUCCCCCUGGUACCGGUAAAACAUUAAUUGCACGUGCUGUUGCAAACGAAACCGGUGCUUUCUUCUUCCUGAUCAAUGGUCCCGAGAUUAUGUCAAAGAUGGCUGGUGAAUCCGAAAGCAAUCUAAGAAAGGCUUUUGAAGAAGCAGAGAAGAAUAGUCCUGCAAUUAUCUUCAUUGAUGAAAUCGAUGCUAUUGCUCCUAAGCGUGAAAAAACUAAUGGUGAAGUAGAGCGACGUGUUGUAUCUCAACUCCUUACACUUAUGGAUGGUAUGAAGGCACGAUCAAACGUAGUAGUUAUGGCAGCCACAAAUCGUCCUAAUAGUAUUGAUCCGGCCCUUCGACGUUUCGGUCGUUUCGAUCGUGAAAUCGAUAUUGGUAUUCCUGAUCCUGUUGGACGUUUGGAAAUUCUACGUAUUCACACAAAAAAUAUGAAAUUGGAUGAAGACGUGGAUUUAGAAAAGAUCGCUUCCGAAACUCACGGUUAUGUUGGUUCUGAUAUAGCUUCACUUUGUUCAGAAGCUGCUAUGCAGCAAAUUCGUGAGAAGAUGGACUUAAUCGACUUAGAAGAUGAAACAAUUGACGCUGAAGUAUUAGAUUCAUUAGCCGUAACUAUGGAUAAUUUCAGAUAUGCUUUGGGUGUAUCCAAUCCAUCUGCAUUGCGCGAAACAGUUGUCGAAGUUCCAACAGUCUCAUGGAAUGACAUUGGUGGACUUGAAAAAGUUAAAUUAGAACUUCAGGAAACCGUGCAAUAUCCUGUAGAACAUCCAGACAAAUUCUUGAAAUUUGGUAUGUCCCCAUCAAAGGGAGUAUUAUUCUAUGGGCCACCUGGUUGUGGUAAAACAUUAUUGGCUAAAGCAAUUGCGAAUGAAUGUCAGGCUAACUUUAUCAGUAUCAAGGGGCCAGAAUUAUUAACUAUGUGGUUUGGAGAAUCGGAGGCAAAUGUACGCGAUGUUUUUGACAAAGCACGAGCCGCAGCACCUUGCGUAAUGUUCUUCGAUGAGUUGGACUCUAUUGCAAAAGCACGUGGUGCUAGUCUUGGGGAUGGCGGUGGUGCUGGAGAUCGUGUUCUCAAUCAAAUUCUUACUGAAAUGGAUGGUAUGAACUCUAAGAAGAACGUAUUCGUAAUUGGUGCAACAAAUCGUCCAGAUCAAAUCGAUCCCGCAUUACUUCGUCCUGGUCGUUUAGAUCAAUUGAUCUACAUACCUUUGCCUGAUGAAUCUUCAAGAUAUUCAGUCCUAAAAGCUACUUUGCGAAAAUCACCUGUUGCAGAUGAUGUUAACUUACAUUUCUUGGCUAAAUCAACACAUGGUUUCUCUGGAGCUGAUUUGACAGAAAUUUGCCAACGUGCAUGUAAAUUAGCAAUUAGAGAGAGUAUCGAUAAAGAAAUAACCCGGGAUAGAGAACGUAAAGAAAGAGAAGAGGCUGGAGAAGAAGUAAUAAUGGACGAGGAUGUUGACGAUGAUCCAGUCCCAGAAAUCACAAAGGCUCAUUUCGAAGAGGCUAUGCGAUUUGCACGUCGUUCAGUUUCCGAUAGUGACAUUCGUAGAUACGAAAUGUUUGCACAAACUCUCCAACAAUCCCGCGGUUUCGGACCAAAUUUCAAAUUCCCUGAAGGUGGUAUUGGAGGAGGCACUUCAGGAGAAGCAACGGGAUCUAAUAAUGCAAUGGAUACUACUAAUACAGGUUUUCAAGAUGAUGCCGAUGAUUUAUAUGCAUAAACGAUCCGAUGAUUCGAUCCGAUUUUUUUUUAAAAAAAAGAAAAAACUCAAGGUUUUGACGAAGCAGUUCAUUUAUUUUUAUUUCGAACGAAAAAUCGAAUCUUUUCUGAAGUUUUUUUACCAAAUCAAAAAGUUCGAAUCGUCGGAUCGGAUUUAUGCGGAACCUUAAUCUUAAUUCAAAUUUAUAGUGAUUAUAUACUUUAUAUAGAGAAAAAAAAAUUGGAACUUUUUAUUUGUGAGUCUUGGUUGUAAUAACUUUUAUCAUCUCUCUUCCAAUUUUGUUACUUUCAUCAAACCUAUUAAUAUAUUGUUAUAAAAUAAUAUUACACAAAAAAUAAUCCAUUA